CCGGUGCUGCAGCAACAGCGGCCCCUGACCCGCUACCUGCCCAUCCGUGCCGCGGACCUGGACCUGCGCCAGCACAUCGAGUCCGCGGGCCACGCCGUCGAGCUUUGCGGGCACGUCGCCGUCGAUGCCCACUCGUGCCGCGGCGUGCUGCACAAGGCCUCCACCCGCUUCGGCAACUGGCAGAAGCGGUGGUUCGUGUUCGACCGGAGCAGCCGCACCCUCGCGUACUACAAGAACAAGCGCGACCAGCGGGUCCGCGGCGGCGUCCACUUCCAGG